AUGCCACAACAACUAGAGCAGAGAGCUUGCAGAGCAUCCUUGCACGCUCCGGCUUCGCCACCUCCGGAAAACGCAACGGGCCGAAUACCUGCAAGCUUUGCUGCCUCUUUCCUGUACCAAGGAGAUGGCAGAGUGAGACAUCCCAACAUGUCAUCGUGUAGCACAUCAGAGGCGUCUUCUUCUCUACCAAAUACACUGAGAAGAAGCCCGCGAGCCAAGCAAUUGAGCCAUACAGACCUGUGUUUGGCCUUUUCGCCGGAGGACGACCAGAGCGACAAGGCAUCCCGGGUUGGCAGCAAUGUCUCUUUCUCCAAGAGACGCAUGAACGACAACCGAGAAGUGACCUCGUUAGACAUCCAAGCUUCGCGAGGCUCGGACGGUCAGAAGAAGGUCACGUCCCGAAAGAGGAUCCGACGCACAAGAGACGAUCCCAACUCAGCGUCAGGAAGCAUUUAUGCUCACUUGCAAGCUGUACCAGAUCUAUUCGCUGAGCGCAACGACAUCAUGCUGUGCGGUAUCAACCCAGGCGUCAAAUCUUCCUCUUCAGGCCAUCACUUUGCGCACCGGUCGAAUCACUUUUAUCCGUCCCUUCAUCUGGCUGGCAUCACGUCCCGGCGGAUGAAGCCCGAACAAGACGUCGAAUUCCCCUUUCUGCGACCCUAUUCCCUCGGUCUAACCAACCUAGCGCCGAGACCAACAGCAGAAGGCAACGAGCUGCUCCCUAGUGAGCUCAUCGAUGGCGUGCCCGUUCUCCUCGAAAAGAUCCUUAAAUGGAAGAGUGGUUCCCAGACUCAGUCGUGUUUCGUCAGUGAAAGGGUCUCAAGCAUGCACGUGCGCAUUCGCAGCGAGUCGUCUCGAACUGAAACGUUCUAUUCACGACCUGUGUCCCCUAGGGCAAGGCCCAAUCCUGAGCACAGUGUCAAGCUUGAGUACGACGACACGAGUCUAGAUGCGACUCCAACCAAAGUAACAAGCAGCGAGCACGCUGCGCAAGCAUGGCUACAAGUGUCCAUCCCUGCAGAUGUCCUUUGUGCAUAUACCGCACCCAUAGGUGAGAGAAAAGACGUCAAGCCGAGGGAAAAAGGUCUGCACCCAAGCACGAAGAAGCAACUCUACACAAAGGGCAAAUCGAAGGAUGAUGCCGGAUAUGGCGUCCUGCCGCUCUGCGUACCCCACUCCACCCCAAGUCGUGGAAGCUCUCUUACUCUUGACCAAGUAUCUCUCCUCUUCGUAUCGCCGUCCAGUUCAGCACGCGUAACGACACAUUUCCUCGACGAUAAGGCACGCAUCCUGGCCAGCCUUCGACGGCUGAUAGAGCAUCUUCAAGCAUCUAGCAUCACGGACGCUCCGCCUUCGAACGGCCAUUUUGAGUUUACAUUGGGAAACGGUAGUGACGGAAAACACGACAAGCUCGAAUCAGAUACAACCGGUGCCAACGAAUCGUCACAUCUGCUACCGCAACCAGAAGCGACAAAGACGAUUUACCUGGAAAUCGUGGACUUGUCACGAUUCUCACUUGGCGCUGUCGACGCUUGA